CCUUCAUCCUGCCCCUUCAGCUCCCUCAAAACCCUCACUCUUCCCUCGCCCUGUCACCUCAGGCCAAGCACACCACCCAUCCAAAGCGAGAGCUCAAGGCCGUGGUGUUCUUCAGGCCCACAGAUCCCAGUCCGGACCACACAUCCGACCCUCUUCGGGAAGAGGGCGAGAUCCCCGCCGCUCGGUUUUGUUUCAAUGCCCUGGGAACCCUGUCUACAAAAAUGACAGCUCGAGCCCUCUGGCUUCUCUGUUUGAUCAUCGGAUGGUCCCCCGAAGCCCCGGUGGCGGAAAGAAAAGCCCCGCCGCCGCACCGAAAGCCAGGCGCCCGGGGGGACGCCGAGCUGGAGAUCCAGUCCUGCGCGCGCGCCUGCAGCGCGGACGCGGACGAACACGAGGCCUUCUGCGCCAGUGAGUUUGUAGCCGUGAACGGAAUCGUGCACGACGUGGACGUGCUGGGCGCGGGCCUGCGGCUGGUGACGCUACUGGUGGACCCCGACGGGCUGUACAAGUUGAGCCGCCUCUACAUCACUCCCGACGGCUUUUUCUUCCGCGUGCACAUACUAGCCCUGGACUCUUCCACUUGCCAUAGGCCGUGUCCAGAAUUUAAGCCUGGAAGCCGGUAUAUUGUGAUGGGCCACAUCUACCAUAAGAGACGGCAGCUCCCUACUGCUCUGCUCCAGGUCCUGAGAGGGCGCCUGCGUCCAGGAGACGGACUGCUCAGGGAUAGCAGCAGCUACGUGAAAAGAUUUAACCGAAAACGGGAGUGGCAAGUUCGAAAUGCCAGCCACGCUCGGUGCAUUUGAACAGAUCAACUCAACACUUGUGCAUCCCAAGAGCCUGGGAACUCGGCAGUAAGACGGAAGGUUGGUCUGCACAUAGUGUGUGUGUGUGUGGGUUCUGCUACUUGAAACUGGGCCCACAGCUAGCUACCUUAAGAACUACAUGCGCAGCUUAACUCUGAGGCUGUCACUUUAUAUACAAAAUGCUGACAAGGUAUGCUCCACAGCACGGUGGUAAAACUGUCACAGCAGUGACAGACAGUGACAGACACAGCUCAGACCUGCCAGGUCAACAGAUCACACUACUUUGUGUUGUUUUUAAGUUAUUUUAAUUUAAUACAUUUUUUCCCAGUAGAAAUAGCUCACAAACAUUUCUUCAAUUUAAAUAUACAACUUUGAAUAGUAUCUAUCAUGUGUCAAGCCAGAUUUCAUAUUUAAAGCAUCGAGUUUUGAAUUCCACAUGAGUAAACAUCCCCAUCAGAAUUCAUUUACAUAUGAAGUGUCAGAGGCGACACUAAGGUCAGAGCCCAGGCUAAGUAUGAAAAUUAUACAUCUCAAGGGCCAAUUCAAGCAAAACAUCAUUCAAAGUGUGUUUUUGAUGUACCCCUGUGUACUGUCAUGCCUCCUUGCUCCCAAUAACCUGUUUUGUGUCAAACUGGCUUCUAUUCCGGCAUGUUUUCUGGUGUAUCUGAUGUCAUUUUUCUGUUAAGACCCAGUAUCACCAUUGUGUUUGUAAAGCAGUAAAUCUUGCCUUGAAAUCAGA